AUGGCUUCGAUAGCAGCAGCUCAAGUGCAGGAAGUGCGUUCUAUAACGCGCAUUGAACGAAUUGGAGCUCAUUCGCACAUCAGAGGGUUGGGUCUCGAUGAUUCCCUGGAGCCUAGAGCCGUGUCCCAGGGUAUGGUGGGGCAGAAGAUGGCCAGGAAGGCCGCCGGCGUCAUCCUACAGAUGAUUCGAGAAGGCAAAAUAGCAGGUCGAGCAGUGUUACUUGCCGGGCAGCCAGGUACAGGCAAGACUGCCAUUGCUAUGGGACUUGCACAGGCGCUGGGACCUGACACACCAUUUACAAGCAUGGCUGGAUCUGAAAUAUUCUCACUGGAAAUGAGCAAGACUGAAGCUCUCACACAGGCUAUCAGGAAAUCCAUUGGAAUACGGAUCAAAGAAGAAUCGGAAAUAAUUGAAGGUGAGGUAGUGGAAGUCGUGGUAGAGCGCGCGGCAGGUGGGGGCGGCGCCAGGGUGGGGCGGCUGACGCUGAAGACUACUGACAUGGAGACCAACUACGACAUGGGGGCCAAGAUGAUUGACUCGCUGCUCAAGGAGAAGGUGCAAGCCGGAGACGUAAUUACUAUAGACAAAGCUACAGGCAAGAUUAACAAAUUAGGCAGAAGCUUCGCCAGAGCUAGAGAUUACGAUGCAACUGGCCAACAAGCUCGUUUCGUGCAGUGCCCAGAGGGCGAGCUACAGAAGCGCAAGGAAGUGGUCCACACCGUAACACUGCAUGAGAUAGACGUCAUCAACUCGCGAACACACGGAUUCCUGGCACUAUUCUCUGGUGACACGGGUGAGAUCAAGUCUGAGAUCCGCGAACAGAUCAACGGCAAGGUGGCGGAGUGGCGCGAGGAGGGGAAGGCCGAGAUGAUACCCGGGGUACUGUUCAUUGAUGAGGCACACAUGCUGGACAUAGAAUGCUUCUCCUACCUCAACCGGGCACUGGAAUCCGAGACCGCGCCAGUAGUCAUAAUGGCGACGAACCGCGGGAUCACAAGGAUCCGCGGCACUAACUAUAAGUCCCCACACGGGAUCCCCCUGGAUCUCCUCGACAGGAUGAUCAUAGUCCCCACCUCGCCUUACUCUCAUCAGGAGCUGAGAGAGAUCUUGAACAUUCGGUGUGAAGAGGAAGACUGUCAAAUGUCAGCAGAUGCCCUGACCGUCCUGACUCGAGUAGCCACGGAAACAUCACUACGCUACUCUAUACAACUCAUCACCACCGCCUCUCUAGUUGCUAAGAGGAGGAAGGCUACUGAGGUGAGCAUGGAAGAUGUAAAGAAAGUGUACUCGCUGUUCCUGGACGAGCACCGCUCCGAGCAGUUCCUGAAGGAGUACCAGGAUGAGUUCAUGUUCAAUGACGGAUCUGGAGAUGCCCCACAACUUAUGGAAGUGUCGCAGUAA